AUGAUGGUGCGGAUGGCAACGACAGCCUGGAUGCGACAGCGCCCCAGCAUAAUCUUCAAACGAUCGAUCGGACAGGGAGUGUGCCGCGACACAUCCCCCGACCUCUCUUUCUGGUCGGGCGCGGACGCGGUCACUUGGUCGAACUCUUUCGAGGACCUGGGGAGUGACCACAGAAUCCUGUGUGUGACCGUGGGAGAGAAUGAAAGUGAGGAGGACGUCUGCCGAAAGGCAAGAAUCGUGGACUGGGAUAGAUUCCGGAAAAAUAGAGAACGAGACAAGAAGGAGGGCCCGAUUGAAGACAUCAGCGAAUGGUGCAGAGAACUACUCGCGGACGUAGCGAAAGCCACCGAUGAGAUUGAAUGGACGGACUGGCGACAAGAAUCCCCCAAAGAAGUAGGAGAUAGAUCCCGCGGAGCUGGGGACGAUGACGCUCCCCAACCGUCCAGAGUGGACAGCCGGCUGGCACAUCUCGUUGCGGCCAAGAAAUCCAUGCAACGGAGAGCGAGUAAGCAAAAACUCAACAGGAAGAUACGCAAGAAGAUCGCCGAAAUCAACCGGGAGAUCGAGAGGCAUUGCGGCCGCCUGUGCGAGCAAGAAUGGCAGGAGCUGUGUGACACGAUGAACGGCAACAUGAACGCGGGACGCACCUGGAAGAUUCUCCAGCACCUACUCGACCCGGGAAGCACCAGAACGGCGACCCAUACACUGCUCUUCUCACCACCAUGUGUGAGCGGUGGAUCACUGCCUUCCUCCUUGCUCCCUGUCAGGGCACACUACUCUCGCACUGCAUUGCGAAGUGCAGGCUGGGAGAGCUAG